CUCGUGCUUUGUCGGGUACGGUCUCGUCGGCUCCAAAGUGCGCACGUGCCAGUCGAACGGCGCGUGGAGUGGCGCCGCGCCAAUCUGCGUGUUCGGAUGCGAAGCGCCUGUGUUUCCCCGCAAACGGACGCGUAAACACUACGGAGGGGCUGGCCGUGGGUCACACUAUAUAUUACACGUGCGUUGACGGGUACGAGUUGGUCGGCCAGGCGGAAAGGAUCUGCGAGGCCUCGUCCACGUGGAGCGGCACGGCACCAUCGUGUCUUAUAAAAUGUCCCCUCAUUGGCAGUAUCGAGAACGGCAAAGUGGACAUGUCCUGGGGUCGACACGAGGGUUCGCUCGCAUCAUUUGCUUGUAACACAAACUACGCCCUCGUCGGUGACCCCAUUAUCUCGUGCGAGUCUACAGGCGUCUGGGGUGGAAUACAGCCAACCUGCGUGUUUGCGAUGUUUCCGGAUAUAAUUCUGGCGUUUGGUGCUGUCUUAAUUCUACUGAUCAUAGUAGAUAUCUUUGUAGUAGGUAUAUGCCUCUACUACCGCUACUGUCGAUCACCGGGAAAGACGCCGACAGACUCGGGAUUAAAGCAAAAGUACUCGGAUAUAUUUGGAAAGGAUAGGAAGAGUGGAGCUCCACCCAUGGAAAGUUCGAUGCCAGCGGGAAAGACGCCGACAGACUCGGGAUUAAAGCAAAAGUACUCGGAUAUAUUUGGACAGGAUGGUGAGAGUGGAGCUCCACCCAUGGAAAGUUCGAUGCCAGCGAACACCCGGAAGCAGAAGUUCUCUAAGGUGGUGCCAGAGACCGAUGAUCAACACCCACCGCCAACUAAAUCGGAAGAGUCGAACGUGGUGUACAGGUCCACCAUGAAGAUGAGCAACUCGGUGCUCGGGAACCUUUUCUCAAAAGGCAGCAAGUACCAGCGGCCUGAGGAUGAGGGGAGGGCGGCGACGCCGUACAUGGACGGUGAACAGAUGAACGACAAUGGAUACGUCACCGGUGGAAGUCACUCGUUGGAGGUCACGCGUUCGGAUGACUUUGACAAACUAAUUGAAAUCCAAUCUACGCCUGGUUCUGGGGAUAAUCCGAGGGAGAGGCGCAAACUCAAUCUCGACGAUUCGGAAAUAAAGGAAGUCAAGGAGGGAGAUGAUCGCUACUUGUUCCCUAUGCGCGAACCGCCGGCAAAUCUCACAGAGUCGCUCUUUAAGGAAACAGAUCUGCCGCUUCCUUCGGUUAAACGAGCAAAAAGCACUAUGCCAAUAUUCAAGGACAAAUUUUAACAUGAAGGCUUUGCCUGUUGUCGUAACGUUGUGUUAUUUAUUCAGAAUGCUGACGAUUACCUGCUUAUUUACAAAAUAUUGGUGACUCAUAUUUUUGUCGUAGAUUUUUGUAACUCAUUAGUCCGUCGCUUAUUUUAGUAUUUGUGUGAAGAAACAGUAACUGCAACAUUUUUCAGCAUUUUUUGUUAACUUUCUUGAACAUUGCAAUUAUAUAACUUAAAUUAAAUCGGUCGGUCGGUCGGUUGGUCGGUAGCCCAAGCUUGUCCGUGUGAUAACUUAACAAUUACUGGACGUAUUGUCAUCAAAAUUGACAUGAAGGUUGGGCCUGACCAGUAGAUGACCCCUAAUGAUUUAAGAGGUCAAAGGUCAAGGUCAUUGUGACAUUGAAUGAUAAAAGGUCCGAGUGAUUACUCAACAAUGCCUGCACUCAUGGUCCUCAAACUUGACUUGGAGGUUUGGCCGGACCAGUAGAUGAACCUUUUGAUGUUUGGGUCAAAGGUCAAGGUCACAUUGACAUUGAAAUGAAACUCAACAAUUCCUGUACCUAUGGUCCUCUUAUAUAACUUGAUAUGAAGGUUGGGCCUGACCAGUACAUGACCAUGGGUCAAACGUCAAGGUCACAGUGACCUUUGAAAGUAAAAGAAUGUUAAAGCUUGUCCGAGUGAUAACUCAACACUGCCUAGACCUAUGGUCAUCAAACUUAAAUUGGAAGUUAGGCCUGACCUGUAGAUAAAUUAUAUGGGGGUCAUCGGGUCAAAGAUCGCAGUGACCUUGAAUGGUAAAAGGUUUCUGAGUGAUAAAGUGACAAUGCAUGCACCCAUGGCCCUCAAACUUGACUUGGAGGUUGGACCUGACCAGUAGAUGACCCUUAUUGAUUUACGGGGUCAUUGGGUCAAAGGUCAAGGUCACAGUGACCUUGAAUGAUAAGAGGUCCGAGUGAUUACUCAACAUUGCCUGCACCCAUGGCCCUCAAACUUGAGUUGGAGGUUGGGCCUGACCAGUAGAUGACCCCUAUUGUUUUUAGGGUUCAAAGGUAAAGGUAACAUUGACCUUGAAAGCAAACUCGACAAUUCCUGGAACUAUGGUCCUCAAACUUGGUAUGAAGGUUGGACCUGACCAGUGGAUGACCCCUUAUGACUUUAAGGGUCAUUGGGCCAAGGUCAAGGUGACCUUUAACACAAAAAUGUAACAAAUCUUCUCCCAGAGAUAUCUUAAUAAUGCCUGAUUCUAUGAUCAUCAAACUUGACUUGGAAAUUGCGCCUGACCAGUAUAUGGCCCUUAUUGAUUUAAGGAGUAAUCGGGUCAAGGUCACAGUGAUGUGAAUGCGAAAAUGUUGUUUGAGUGAUAACUCGACAAUGCCUGCACCCAUGGCCCUCAAACUUGACUUGGGGUUGCGUCCGAGAUUUAAGGGGUCAAAGGUCAAGGUCACAGCGACAUUGAAUGAAAAGAGCUUAUGGGCCUCAAACUUGACAUUUAGGGUUUUGGUGACUUGCUGAUGAUUUUGAGGUAAUAGAGUUAAACGUCAUGGUCAUAACACACUUUAUCCUCACACUUUGAUUGGUCAUAAUCUUAAAAAUGCCUUAAUGGCAUCCAAUAUCAGUGACAAAAUCAGCUGUCAUUUCGGUCCAAGAAAAGUUCAUUCAAUUGUCCAUAUAAUCCUGACAACAUGGCGCUCGGGGGGGGGGGCAUAAUGUUUGACAAACAUCUCUUGUUUCCUAUUGCUUUUUGUUAGUAUGUACUUGUUUACUCUUUAAACCAUACUACAGUCAAUAUACAUGUU